GACCAACCACCAACCCCAUGGCAAUUCCGUUUCAGAAAGCUCCAUCCUUGUUUCCUCCAGAGCCCCGCCAAUAUCUUCGAAACUCUCCGUGGUCAGGGAAAAAAGAGUGGUGCUAGAGAGAUGGAUGGCGGCCUUCUGCUGGGUGCUGUAGGAGGAGCUGCGAGAGCGAACCAGAACAAGGCCAAGAUCGUCAAGAUAGCGGUGCCGGUACUGGUGCUGGCCGUGCUGGCGGUGCUGGUCACGGCGGCGGCGGUCUCCAUGGCGCCCGACGGCCCUGCCCGGCUCCACGCCCUCUUCUGCAGCAAAAACUUCCAGGUGAUGUGCGUGGUCUGUCAGAUCAACAUGGGCUGUCUUUUCGCGAGGGAGGCCGCUCGGGCGCGGACGCCGGCGGCCCGGCGCUUCUGGGCGGUGGGCGUCGUCGCGUGCUUCCUGGAGCUCGCGCUCAAGCUGUACACGAUCCCGGUGGUGUGCCGCGCGGCUGUGGAGGAUGGCGCUUAGGUGCGCUGCGCCUGCCGAAGAUGGAUCAUUUUGGAGAUGCGCCGUUUUGUUUAAUUAGCUAUAUUAGACCUUGUACAAUGGGAGAUGCUUAG